UCUUUAAAAAACAAAGAAAACAGAGAGAGCGAGAGAGAGAGAGAGAGAGAGAGUUUAAUAUUACAGUCAAACGCUACAAUCCUCUUCAGUUACCUCAAAUCACAGUCAAUGGCCGCCCAAUCUCUUCCGUCACUCCUCUCCAUUUCCAAAUUCUAAACCUCCCAACCCAACCCAACCACCAUGAAAACCCACCUCACAUUCUCCUCUCCAACUCUUCUCAUCCUCUUCCUUUCUCUCUGCACCUUCAUCACCGCCAUUGAAGACGAUGUCAAGUGUCUGGAAGGCUUCAAGAACUCUAUCAGCGACCCACAAUCCAAACUCUCCUCAUGGAUCUUCACCAACACCUCCGUCACCUUCAUAUGCAAGCAGCUGGUCGGCGUUUCCUGCUGGAACGAGAAAGAGAACCGCCUCAUCAGCCUCCAACUCCCCUCCAUGUCCCUCGCCGGUUCUCUCCCUGAACCCCUCAAGUUCUGUCAGAGCCUCCAAAACCUCGAUCUCUCCGGUAACCACCUCUCCGGUUCCAUCCCUCCCCAAAUCUGCACCUGGUUGCCUUACUUGGUCACCCUAGAUCUCUCCGGUAAUCACCUCUCCGGUUCGAUCCCUCCUGAAAUGGUGAAUUGUAAGUUCCUCAACAAUCUCGUUUUGAACGAUAACAAGUUGUCCGGUGCGAUUCCGUACGAGUUGGGUCUGCUCGACCGGUUGAAGAAGUUCUCGGUCGCCAACAACGAUCUCUCCGGUUCAAUUCCCUCCGAUUUGUCCAAAUUCCCGCCCGAGGACUUCACCGGGAAUGGUGGGCUCUGUGGGAAUCCGAUUGGAUCGAGCUGUGGAAAAUUGAGCAAUAAAAACCUUGCGAUUAUUAUUGCUGCGGGGGUUCUCGGUGCUGCAGGGUCUCUGCUUUUGGGUUUCGCUGUCUGGUGGUUUUUCGUGUUGUCAAAUCGCAGAAAAAGGAAAGCUUGUGGUGGUGGUGGUGGUGGUGGUCUCAGCAAAGAUCAAUGCAGUUGGAUUGAGAGAUUGAGAGCACACAAGCUUGUUCAAGUGUCAUUGUUUCAAAAACCCAUUGUUAAAAUCAAAUUGAAUGAUUUAAUGGCAGCUACUAACAAUUUUGACCCAGAAAGCAUUGCUGUAACCACAAGAACAGGGGUUUCUUAUAAGGCGAUUUUACAGGAUGGUUCGGCAUUGGAGAUCAAGCGAUUGAUUGUUUGUAAGCUUAGUGAGAAGCAAUUUCGAUCCGAGAUGAAUAGGUUGGGUCAGUUGAGACACCCCAAUUUGGUGCCAUUGUUGGGGUUUUGUGUUGUGGAAGAUGAGAGGCUUUUGGUGUAUAAACACAUGUCUAAUGGGACAUUGUAUUCGCUUUUGCACGGAAAUGGUAUCGGUGUUAUGAAUAAUGGUUCAUUGGAUUGGCCGGCUAGGGUUAGGAUUGGUGUAGGUGCAGCAAGAGGGCUUGCUUGGCUUCACCAUGGAUGCCAACCCCCUUACCUUCACCAAAACAUAAGUUCCAAUGUGAUUGUUGCGGAUGAUGAUUUUGAUGCUCGUAUAUCGGACUUUGGGUUGGCAAGGCUUGUUGGUGCUGUGGAUUCGAACGGUAGUAGCACUUUUGUCAAUGGAGACAUGGGGGAAUUCGGGUAUGUACCGCCUGAAUAUCCAAGCACGAUGAUUGCAUCAAUGAAAGGAGAUGUUUAUAGUUUCGGGGUGGUGCUUCUGGAGUUGGUGACAGGACAGAAGGCUUUGGAAGUUAGUAAUGCAGAAGAAGGGUUCAAGGGGAACCUGGUGGAUUGGGUUACACAGCUCUGUGGCUCGGGUCGAAGCAACGAUGCCACGGAUAAGUCUCUCUGUGGAAGAGGCCAUGAUGAUCAAAUCUUGCAAUUCCUCAAGGUUGCUUGUACUUGUGUGGCCUCUAGGCCCAAGGAUAGGCCUUCUAUGUACAGUGUUUAUCAGUCAUUGAAGAGCUUGUGUGAGGAACAUGAUCACUUUUCUGAACAGUUUGAUGAAUUUCCUUUCAACUCUGGCAAAGAUGAUCUUGAUCAUAAAGAGUAGAUUUUUUGGCGGGAAAUGAUUCGAGGAAGACGAUGAAACUCGUUGUCAUGCACUCUCUCCCUUCCUUUUGGUAUGUCCUGGAACACUAGUUUAGUUGCCUCCAUUCUUGCAAAACUUGCCUCUGUGAUUGUCUGAUGUUUGUAACUUGGUUAGUCUAUGUUGAAGAUUAGAUCAUGAACUUGUAAUGCUUUCCCACUUUAAUUCUCAUUCAAACCAAUUUCUAUUUUGUUUUGUUUUGUUGUAGUGCCUCAACUAUCAGAUAGAAAUUCAUAAUUGUGGUGUGUAUUGAUUUGUUUUCUCAACUUUUAUGGAAUUUUAUUGCUUAUGCUCUCAUAAC